GAUUAAUAUAUAUUCUACAAAUAAAUUAUUAGUCGUUCAUUUCAACUCAGUUCUUUAGCAGUGCUUAGACUUACCGCAAUGAUCUAAUACUUAUUAAACGGCUUACGUCAUGUCGAAGUUAAUUACGUUUUUAUUUAUUGAAUGCAUAAUAUCUGUUAUUGCAUUGUCUGAGUUUAGUGAAGAGAAGAAAGAUAAAAUUAUUCAUGAUUUCAUUGAGUACCUGAACAAUCUUCCAAGUCAUCCAUAUGUCUAUGAUGAGGGUGUAUUAGAGAAAGCAGUAAGACUUGAUCCUAAUGAUGAUAUCAUUCACAUAGAAGCUAUGCUCAGAGGUGGCAAUGAAGACUUUCAGUAUGGUAAAAAAAGUGUUAAGUGUUCAGCCAACAUUAGAGAUUUUCUAGAAGGGAGCAUUUCAAUUGAGAAUCAGCCAGUAUGCCAGGAAGUAGAAGAUGUUACUGCUAUAAAUACAUACAAUCCAAAUUCAGAUGAAAUGACUGAGCAGUCACCAAUUCUACUAGAUAAUGAAGAAGAAACUGAAGGGGUUAUAUCUGGUGAACAAUUUAUAGCUGUCCCAAGACGACACAAUGUACCAUGCACUGGCUGCACCGACCAUGUCAAUCCUGAAGCUGCUGGAGUACGAGAGCUUGCUGAACUAGCAAUAAAUCAUCUGCAUAAACAUGAUCCUGCCGCAAAACAUAUAUUAAAAACAAUUGUAGAUAUAGAGAGACAAGUUCAGGUAGUAAGUGGUAUUAAAUAUACCCUGAUUUUAAAGAUUGAUUUUGACAAAUGUCCAUUAGCAGAAGGUGAACCUUGUUAUGAAAACAGAGCUUGUAAAAUAUCUAUACUUGAAAAAACCUGGAUUAAGUAUACAGAUGGAACAAAAUACAGAGCAAUUACUGCUAAUAAUUGUACAGAACAGUGGUUAUUUGGUGAUGACGGCGAAAUUGUUACGGCUACCAACGGUACACGCAAGUUAAAAUUAAAAUUAAAAAUUAAAGUCAGUGAUGGUAAUCAUAAAGCAACUACAGAUAAAUUCAAUGAUGUUCCUUUUUUGCAAGAGGAAGUUAUAAAUGCUCAACACGAUCUGAAAUUAGAAACACAGUUACCUCAAGACAAAGUUCUUAGUGAGAAUGAAGUUAAAAACAUAGAGGAUCAAAUUAUUCCUCACCAUAGAGUUGAAACUCUUAAAAACGUUGUCCACACACAUCCAAACUAUUACGAAACUGAUGACUCAAAACCUGCUAUUUCUUCUAGCUUGACAAAAGAAAAAAAUAACGAAAAUCCUUACCAUACCGCAAAUCCGUCACAGAGUGUAGAUAAAACGUAUUUGUCUGAGGAAAAGAAACAAGCAAUUGAUGAUUUAUUUAAUAUUUUGAAUUCGGCUGGUUUUAAUUCUCCAGAUGAUACACCUCGCACUAAAAGAAGUUAUGAUAGUGAUUUAAAGAUGUUAGCUGUUAUUGAAAAAUUGUAUAAGUUAAAAAAGAAUAUAAAAAAUGCCGACUUCAUAUACUCUUUAGCUCAAAAUAUGGUUGAUUAUUUGAACGAAAUGGACAUUGAAACAAAAAAUAGAAAAUUAAAAGAAGUUGUUACAGCCGAGGAAGAAAUCGUAAAUUAUCAACAUUUCUACUAUAUACAAGCUCGGGUUGUUGUACCGUGUAACGAAGUAGAGUGUGAAAAUAUUGAUGGUAAAAGUAAAAUAUGUAAUGGAAUUAUUGAAUUAACUCAGACAGAAGCUAUCCAAAUUCUAACAACUUUUUGUUAUGAUGAUCAAAAGCUGAUUUCUAAUGUUGGUAAAAUAUUUCAAGUACCUUUAGACGAUAUUUUGUUAAAACACAUGAUAAACAAAGCAAUUAAACAGGUAGAAAGUGAUCUAACAAAUCAGAAUGCGAUAUUAGUAAAACAGGUCUUAGAUGCGACUACUAGGAAAGAGGCUGGUAUUAUAACAAAAAUUAUAGUCGAAAUCGUAUUCACUAACUGCAAUAAAUCAGUGUCUUAUAAAAGAAGACAUAAUUGCACCAUUAUCGAAAACAUGGGUUCCGAAAUUUGUGAAAUUAAUAUUAUUGAACGGCAUUGGAUAAAAGAGACAAAAAUUACACAUUCAUGUAAAAAUCGAGGGAUUGAAGAAACCUUUACAAAUAUAAACAAUCAAGGAUUUAAGAACCUUCAAGAUUCAACAGUUACCGGUAUGCUUAACCAAGCCUUAAGAUUUUUAGAAAUAAAUUCGAAACGUAACAAUAAACAAAGAAUUAUAAAUAUUGAUAAUAUUACAACACAAUUAUUUGCCGGACUUCUGACGAAAAUAAAUUUUACGGUUGGUUAUACAGAAUGUAAAGAAGAUUUAGAAAAUGACGUAGACAUUGAAUCGUGCAAAUUAUUGCAUAAUGAACCUAUUCGAAGAUGCCAACUGGUGGUUUGGGAUAGACCCUGGUUAGAAGAUGGAAAACAAUUAAAUGUUACUUGUGCUAACGACGAUAACGUCUUAGAAGCUAGAAAAAAAAGAUCUUUAAACUUUGUUGGAGGUGAGUUAGAAAAAAACCCGGACGAUCCAAAGUAUCUGCUAUUAGCUGAGGAAUCAUUAGCACAAUUUUUAUUGAAUACUGGUAAUAAUAUUACACAUAAUGUUUUACGGGUUGAUCACGUGACGGUGCAAGUGGUUUCUGGAGUUCUAACAAGUAUAAAAUUUACCGUAUCUCCUACAGAAAGUCCCAAAACAGUAAUUCAUUGCAGUUCACGAAUAUGGGAAAAGGUGUGGAUGAAUUUUAAAGAAAUAACUAAUAUCACUUGUUAUAACGAGGCGUCACCAAAAGAAAAAAGACAUAUCCCAGGAGGAGAGUCCGCAAAAGAUCUAAACGACCCUCGUUUCCUGACCCUGGCAAGAGAAUCAUUAAAUAAAUACGUCCAAAGUUCAGGUUCUUCUAAACACCACAAGCUGUUAAAUAUUAAGAAAGUUACAACACAAGUGGUAUCCGGAACGAUGACCAGAAUUGAUUUUGAAGCUGCUCCUACGAACUGCGUAUUACAAGCUGUUGCCGAAGAGAGCUCUUCCGAUUGCAAAAUUGACGGUGACAUCAUGAAAUGUCACGCUGAAAUUUGGGAGAAACCUUGGCUUAGUAAAAAAGAUAUUAAAAUACAUUGCAAUAUAAAAGAAUCAUCUAGGGAAAAAAGAGAUACCUUGGCGGGAGGAGAAUCGGAUGAAGAUCCAAACGACCCUCGUUUCCUGACCCUGGCAAGAGAAUCAUUAAAUAAAUACGUCCAAAGUUCAGGUUCUUCUAAACACCACAAGCUGUUAAAUAUUAAGAAAGUUACAACACAAGUGGUAUCCGGAACGAUGACCAGAAUUGAUUUUGAAGCUGCUCCUACGAACUGCGUAUUACAAGCUGUUGCCGAAGAGAGCUCUUCCGAUUGCAAAAUUGACGGUGACAUCAUGAAAUGUCACGCUGAAAUUUGGGAGCAACCUUGGCUUAGUAAAAAAGAUAUUAAAAUACAUUGCAAUAUAAAAGAAUCAUCUAGGGAAAAAAGAGAUACCUUGGCGGGAGGAGAAUCGGAUGAAGAUCCAAACGACCCUCGUUUCCUGACCCUGGCAAGAGAAUCAUUAAAUAAAUACGUCCAAAGUUCAGGUUCUUCUAAACACCACAAGCUGUUGAAUAUUAAGAAAGUUACAACACAAGUGGUAUCCGGAACGAUGACCAGAAUUGAUUUUGAAGCUGCUCCUACGAACUGCGUAUUACAAGCUGUUGCCGAAGAGAGCUCUUCCGAUUGCAAAAUUGACGGUGACAUCAUGAAAUGUCACGCUGAAAUUUGGGAGCAACCUUGGCUUAGUAAAAAAGAUAUUAAAAUACAUUGCAAUAUAAAAGAAUCAUCUAGGGAAAAAAGAGAUACCUUGGCGGGAGGAGAAUCGGAUGAAGAUCCAAACGACCCUCGUUUCCUGCCCCUGGCAAGAGAAUCAUUAAAUAAAUACGUCCAAAGUUCAGGUUCUUCUAAACACCACAAGCUGUUAAAUAUUAAGAAAGUUACAACACAAGUGGUAUCCGGAACGAUGACCAGAAUUGAUUUUGAAGCUGCUCCUACGAACUGCGUAUUACAAGCUGUUGCCGAAGAGAGCUCUUCCGAUUGCAAAAUUGACGGUGACAUCAUGAAAUGUCACGCUGAAAUUUGGGAGCAACCUUGGCUUAGUAAAAAAGAUAUUAAAAUACAUUGCAAUAUAAAAGAGUCAUCUAGGAAAAAAAGAGAGGCCUUGUUGGGAGGAGCAUCGGAUGAAGAUCCAAACGACCCUCGUUUCCUGACCCUGGCAAGAGAAUCAUUAAAUAAAUACGUCCAAAGUUCAGGUUCUUCUAAACACCACAAGCUGUUGAAUAUUAAGAAAGUUACAACACAAGUGGUAUCCGGAACGAUGACCAGAAUUGAUUUUGAAGCUGCUCCUACGAACUGCGUAUUACAAGCUGUUGCCGAAGAGAGCUCUUCCGAUUGCAAAAUUGACGGUGACAUCAUGAAAUGUCACGCUGAAAUUUGGGAGCAACCUUGGCUUAGUAAAAAAGAUAUUAAAAUACAUUGCAAUAUAAAAGAAUCAUCUAGGAAAAAAAGAGAGGCCUUGUUGGGAGGAGCAUCGGAUGAAGAUCCAAACGACCCUCGUUUCCUGACCCUGGCAAGAGAAUCAUUAAAUAAAUACGUCCAAAGUUCAGGUUCUUCUAAACACCACAAGCUGUUAAAUAUUAAGAAAGUUACAACACAAGUGGUAUCCGGAACGAUGACCAGAAUUGAUUUUGAAGCUGCUCCUACGAACUGCGUAUUACAAGCUGUUGCCGAAGAGAGCUCUUCCGAUUGCAAAAUUGACGGUGACAUCAUGAAAUGUCACGCUGAAAUUUGGGAGCAACCUUGGCUUAGUAAAAAAGAUAUUAAAAUACAUUGCAAUAUAAAAGAAUCAUCUAGGGAAAAAAGAGAUACCUUGGCGGGAGGAGAAUCGGAUGAAGAUCCAAACGACCCUCGUUUCCUGACCCUGGCAAGAGAAUCAUUAAAUAAAUACGUCCAAAGUUCAGGUUCUUCUAAACACCACAAGCUGUUAAAUAUUAAGAAAGUUACAACACAAGUGGUAUCCGGAACGAUGACCAGAAUUGAUUUUGAAGCUGCUCCUACGAACUGCGUAUUACAAGCUGUUGCCGAAGAGAGCUCUUCCGAUUGCAAAAUUGACGGUGACAUCAUGAAAUGUCACGCUGAAAUUUGGGAGAAACCUUGGCUUAGUAAAAAAGAUAUUAAAAUACAUUGCAAUAUAAAAGAAUCAUCUAGGGAAAAAAGAGAUACCUUGGCGGGAGGAGAAUCGGAUGAAGAUCCAAACGACCCUCGUUUCCUGACCCUGGCAAGAGAAUCAUUAAAUAAAUACGUCCAAAGUUCAGGUUCUUCUAAACACCACAAGCUGUUAAAUAUUAAGAAAGUUACAACACAAGUGGUAUCCGGAACGAUGACCAGAAUUGAUUUUGAAGCUGCUCCUACGAACUGCGUAUUACAAGCUGUUGCCGAAGAGAGCUCUUCCGAUUGCAAAAUUGACGGUGACAUCAUGAAAUGUCACGCUGAAAUUUGGGAGCAACCUUGGCUUAGUAAAAAAGAUAUUAAAAUACAUUGCAAUAUAAAAGAAUCAUCUAGGGAAAAAAGAGAUACCUUGGCGGGAGGAGAAUCGGAUGAAGAUCCAAACGACCCUCGUUUCCUGACCCUGGCAAGAGAAUCAUUAAAUAAAUACGUCCAAAGUUCAGGUUCUUCUAAACACCACAAGCUGUUAAAUAUUAAGAAAGUUACAACACAAGUGGUAUCCGGAACGAUGACCAGAAUUGAUUUUGAAGCUGCUCCUACGAACUGUGAAUUACAAGCUGUUGCCGAAGAGAGCUCUUCCGAUUGCAAAGUUGAAGGUGCCGUCAUGAAAUGUCACGCUGAAAUUUGGGAGCAACCUUGGCUUAGUAAAAAAGAUAUUAAAAUACAUUGCAAUAUAAAAGAGUCAUCUAGGAAAAAAAGAGAGGCCUUGUUGGGAGGAGCAUCGGAUGAAGAUCCAAACGACCCUCGUUUCCUGACCCUGGCAAGAGAAUCAUUAAAUAAAUACGUCCAAAGUUCAGGUUCUUCUAAACACCACAAGCUGUUAAAUAUUAAGAAAGUUACAACACAAGUGGUAUCCGGAACGAUGACCAGAAUUGAUUUUGAAGCUGCUCCUACGAACUGCGUAUUACAAGCUGUUGCCGAAGAGAGCUCUUCCGAUUGCAAAAUUGACGGUGACAUCAUGAAAUGUCACGCUGAAAUUUGGGAGCAACCUUGGCUUAGUAAAAAAGAUAUUAAAAUACAUUGCAAUAUAAAAGAAUCAUCUAGGAAAAAAAGAGAGGCCUUGUUGGGAGGAGCAUCGGAUGAAGAUCCAAACGACCCUCGUUUCCUGACCCUGGCAAGAGAAUCAUUAAAUAAAUACGUCCAAAGUUCAGGUUCUUCUAAACACCACAAGCUGUUGAAUAUUAAGAAAGUUACAACACAAGUGGUAUCCGGAACGAUGACCAGAAUUGAUUUUGAAGCUGCUCCUACGAACUGCGUAUUACAAGCUGUUGCCGAAGAGAGCUCUUCCGAUUGCAAAAUCGACGGUGACAUCAUGAAAUGUCACGCUGAAAUUUGGGAGCAACCUUGGCUUAGUAAAAAAGAUAUUAAAAUACAUUGCAAUAUAAAAGAAUCAUCUAGGAAAAAAAGAGAGGCCUUGUUGGGAGGAGCAUCGGAUGAAGAUCCAAACGACCCUCGUUUCCUGACCCUGGCAAGAGAAUCAUUAAAUAAAUACGUCCAAAGUUCAGGUUCUUCUAAACACCACAAGCUGUUAAAUAUUAAGAAAGUUACAACACAAGUGGUAUCCGGAACGAUGACCAGAAUUGAUUUUGAAGCUGCUCCUACGAACUGCGUAUUACAAGCUGUUGCCGAAGAGAGCUCUUCCGAUUGCAAAAUUGACGGUGACAUCAUGAAAUGUCACGCUGAAAUUUGGGAGAAACCUUGGCUUAGUAAAAAAGAUAUUAAAAUACAUUGCAAUAUAAAAGAAUCAUCUAGGGAAAAAAGAGAUACCUUGGCGGGAGGAGAAUCGGAUGAAGAUCCAAACGACCCUCGUUUCCUGACCCUGGCAAGAGAAUCAUUAAAUAAAUACGUCCAAAGUUCAGGUUCUUCUAAACACCACAAGCUGUUAAAUAUUAAGAAAGUUACAACACAAGUGGUAUCCGGAACGAUGACCAGAAUUGAUUUUGAAGCUGCUCCUACGAACUGCGUAUUACAAGCUGUUGCCGAAGAGAGCUCUUCCGAUUGCAAAAUUGACGGUGACAUCAUGAAAUGUCACGCUGAAAUUUGGGAGCAACCUUGGCUUAGUAAAAAAGAUAUUAAAAUACAUUGCAAUAUAAAAGAGUCAUCUAGGAAAAAAAGAGAGGCCUUGUUGGGAGGAGCAUCGGAUGAAGAUCCAAACGACCCUCGUUUCCUGACCCUGGCAAGAGAAUCAUUAAAUAAAUACGUCCAAAGUUCAGGUUCUUCUAAACACCACAAGCUGUUGAAUAUUAAGAAAGUUACAACACAAGUGGUAUCCGGAACGAUGACCAGAAUUGAUUUUGAAGCUGCUCCUACGAACUGCGUAUUACAAGCUGUUGCCGAAGAGAGCUCUUCCGAUUGCAAAAUCGACGGUGACAUCAUGAAAUGUCACGCUGAAAUUUGGGAGCAACCUUGGCUUAGUAAAAAAGAUAUUAAAAUACAUUGCAAUAUAAAAGAAUCAUCUAGGAAAAAAAGAGAGGCCUUGUUGGGAGGAGCAUCGGAUGAAGAUCCAAACGACCCUCGUUUCCUGACCCUGGCAAGAGAAUCAUUAAAUAAAUACGUCCAAAGUUCAGGUUCUUCUAAACACCACAAGCUGUUAAAUAUUAAGAAAGUUACAACACAAGUGGUAUCCGGAACGAUGACCAGAAUUGAUUUUGAAGCUGCUCCUACGAACUGCGUAUUACAAGCUGUUGCCGAAGAGAGCUCUUCCGAUUGCAAAAUUGACGGUGACAUCAUGAAAUGUCACGCUGAAAUUUGGGAGAAACCUUGGCUUAGUAAAAAAGAUAUUAAAAUACAUUGCAAUAUAAAAGAAUCAUCUAGGGAAAAAAGAGAUACCUUGGCGGGAGGAGAAUCGGAUGAAGAUCCAAACGACCCUCGUUUCCUGACCCUGGCAAGAGAAUCAUUAAAUAAAUACGUCCAAAGUUCAGGUUCUUCUAAACACCACAAGCUGUUGAAUAUUAAGAAAGUUACAACACAAGUGGUAUCCGGAACGAUGACCAGAAUUGAUUUUGAAGCUGCUCCUACGAACUGCGUAUUACAAGCUGUUGCCGAAGAGAGCUCUUCCGAUUGCAAAAUCGACGGUGACAUCAUGAAAUGUCACGCUGAAAUUUGGGAGCAACCUUGGCUUAGUAAAAAAGAUAUUAAAAUACAUUGCAAUAUAAAAGAAUCAUCUAGGAAAAAAAGAGAGGCCUUGUUGGGAGGAGCAUCGGAUGAAGAUCCAAACGACCCUCGUUUCCUGACCCUGGCAAGAGAAUCAUUAAAUAAAUACGUCCAAAGUUCAGGUUCUUCUAAACACCACAAGCUGUUAAAUAUUAAGAAAGUUACAACACAAGUGGUAUCCGGAACGAUGACCAGAAUUGAUUUUGAAGCUGCUCCUACGAACUGCGUAUUACAAGCUGUUGCCGAAGAGAGCUCUUCCGAUUGCAAAAUCGACGGUGACAUCAUGAAAUGUCACGCUGAAAUUUGGGAGAAACCUUGGCUUAGUAAAAAAGAUAUUAAAAUACAUUGCAAUAUAAAAGAAUCAUCUAGGGAAAAAAGAGAUACCUUGGCGGGAGGAGAAUCGGAUGAAGAUCCAAACGACCCUCGUUUCCUGACCCUGGCAAGAGAAUCAUUAAAUAAAUACGUCCAAAGUUCAGGUUCUUCUAAACACCACAAGCUGUUAAAUAUUAAGAAAGUUACAACACAAGUGGUAUCCGGAACGAUGACCAGAAUUGAUUUUGAAGCUGCUCCUACGAACUGCGUAUUACAAGCUGUUGCCGAAGAGAGCUCUUCCGAUUGCAAAAUUGACGGUGACAUCAUGAAAUGUCACGCUGAAAUUUGGGAGCAACCUUGGCUUAGUAAAAAAGAUAUUAAAAUACAUUGCAAUAUAAAAGAAUCAUCUAGGGAAAAAAGAGAUACCUUGGCGGGAGGAGAAUCGGAUGAAGAUCCAAACGACCCUCGUUUCCUGACCCUGGCAAGAGAAUCAUUAAAUAAAUACGUCCAAAGUUCAGGUUCUUCUAAACACCACAAGCUGUUAAAUAUUAAGAAAGUUACAACACAAGUGGUAUCCGGAACGAUGACCAGAAUUGAUUUUGAAGCUGCUCCUACGAACUGUGAAUUACAAGCUGUUGCCGAAGAGAGCUCUUCCGAUUGCAAAGUUGAAGGUGCCGUCAUGAAAUGUCACGCUGAAAUUUGGGAGCAACCUUGGCUUAGUAAAAAAGAUAUUAAAAUACAUUGCAAUAUAAAAGAGUCAUCUAGGAAUAAAAGAGAGAAUUUGGAGGGAGGAGAUUCCGAAAACGAUCCAAACUUCUUCCAAUCUUCUCAAGAUAUUUUAAGCUUAAGUAAACUUCAACAGACUAGAACGAAGAGACAAGCAGAAGAAGAUUACGUCGAUGAUGAUACUAAAUUCUACUUCGCUUCUCGUGCUGUUCAACAUCUUAAUGACAAUUCAAAUACUAACAAUUUGCAAAAGCUUAUUACAAUCCAUGCAUUUCAAAGUAAAACAGUUAUGCAUGAAAAUAUAAUUAGAAUGUACAUUGAAACCGCCCACACAUACUGUUUACGGCAUCAAGAUGAAGCUGAUUUAGCUGAUUGUGAAGAGUUAUCUGGUAUGUUCCAUAAAAUUUGUUUCGUUAAAAUACUUUCUUCGCCAGAUGAUGAGUUAAUUGUACACAGCAUAAAUGUUAUAUGUAAUGAUGAGAAAAGUUUUUCCACGAUCACAGGUAUAUCAAUAAAGGAUCUUAUCGUAGCAUCUAUUACGGAAUUAGAAUCUUCACCGAAAAUUAAAAAUAAGAUUGUACCCCACGGAGAACCUCAUUUCAUACCGCGCUUAGACUUCCAAGUUCCAAUUAAGUUGAGUUUCCUUAUUGCAUUCACUAAUUGUAGCAAAGAUGUUGAAUUCGACAUAUUUAGCCUUCAAAUGAUAAAUGACUUGCAGACGCCUUGUUCUGUUGAUUCCGUGAGACCGUCUAAAUCAUGUACAUCUUACAUUUGGACAACAGCAAAGACUAACAAAAUUAAAAGACUAAAAGUUAAAUGUUCUCUUCCACAUAUGAUGCGAAAAAGAAGAUCUCUGGAUGUUUCAAACGCAACAUCUGAUGAGGUCACUAUACAUAAUUUAGUCAAAGAAUCUAUAGAAAAACUGGAAAUGAUGUCACAGCAUAAAUACAAGCAGAGACUUUUACAAAUCAAUGAUUACUCAUCUAAAAUAACCAGUGGUCGCGUUACAACUAUUAACUUUGAUGUCGGCUAUACGUCUUGUCUAAAAUAUGAAGCGAUUGAAAAUAUUACAAAUUGCCAGUUUUUAGAUCAUUUACCAAGGAGACGUUGUAUUUCGACUGUUUGGCAGCGUUUGUGGUUAGAUAAUGGUAACAAUAUUGAAGUCAAUUGUCAAGAUGAUGAAACACCUUUAGAAGCCCAUGUCGAAUUCGAAAAUCCCGAACAAGCGAUGCAGAUGGCGAAAGAGGCAGUGAAACACAUCGAGGCGAAAUAUCCGCACCCUCGCCGACAGAAAGUCGUAAGAAUAUUUUCGUUAGAAAAGCAAACUAUAGCUGGCAUACAUUAUCGCAUGAAAAUUGAAAUCGGAAAUACAAAUUGCUUAGCAUUAAGCUUGAAUGACACAUGCAAUUUAGUUAGCAAUAUGGGCGAUAACAGAUUUUGUAGAGUCAACGUAUGGAUCCGCCCCUGGACGGAUCAUCCGCCCAAUUAUCGUGUGUCCUGUGACUAUGAGGAAGGUGUUAACACAGAGAUAUACGUGCACUUGCAAGCCGAACAAUUAUUUUUUGACUUUAUAACUACCUACAGGCCUGAAUAUAUUAACGAUCAUACUGAAAUGGCGAAACGAUUUGAAAUAUUUAAGAAUAACGUUAAAAGAAUUCACGAACUGAAUGUGAAUGAGAGAGGAACAGCUCGUUACGCAGUUACGAAAUUCACCGAUUUGUCGUAUGAGGAGUUUAGCAACAAAUACUUAGGAUUAAAGCCAGGUCUGAGGGAUCAAAAUCAAAUACCUUUUAGGAUGGCGGAAAUCCCAGAUGUGAAAAUACCAGAUAAAUUUGAUUGGAGAUCGUUUGGUGCUGUAACAGAAGUGAAGAAUCAAGGUUCAUGUGGCAGCUGCUGGGCUUUCAGUGUUACAGGCAACGUCGAGGGUCAGUGGAAGAUUAAAACCGGUGAACUUGUAUCUCUCUCCGAACAAGAGUUGGUGGAUUGUGACAAACUGGACGAGGGCUGCAAUGGUGGUCUCCCAGAUAAUGCCUAUAGGGCAAUUGAACAAUUGGGUGGCUUAGAAGCUGAAAACGAUUAUCCAUACGAAGGAGUCGACGAUAAAUGUCUAUACAACAAGACGUUAUCAAGGGUACACAUAAGUGGAGCGUUUAAUAUCUCAUCAAAUGAGACUGAUAUGGCCAAAUGGCUCACUCAAAAUGGACCCAUAUCGAUUGGUAUCAAUGCGAACGCGAUGCAGUUCUACGUGGGUGGCGUCUCUCAUCCGUGGCGGAUGUUGUGCAGCCCUACAAACUUGGAUCAUGGAGUCCUUAUCGUGGGAUAUGGUGUCAAAAACUACCCUCUCUUCCACAAGCGUCUGCCUUAUUGGAUAGUGAAGAACUCGUGGGGUACGUUGUGGGGUGAACAGGGAUAUUAUAGAGUUUAUAGAGGAGACGGAACCUGCGGUCUAAAUUUAAUGGCUAGUAGUUCUAUAGUUUAGAAAAAAUAUGUAAUUAUUGUUUGCACAUAAUAACUAACACAUGUAACAUAAGUUUAACUUCUAGUGGAAAAGAUUAAAAAAAAUGGCUUUUUGCUAAUUUUUUUCUUGUCUUUUAAAGAGAUUCUAACAAAAAUACUCUUUGAUGAUGAUGUCAACGCAAUUUUCGAUUAUAUUUUACUUGAGUUUUAUGUUAAGUGAUAAUUUUUAAGCUGUCAUAAUAACUUUUUAUUAACCUUACCACCUAAAUGUGCCUUAUAUUUUUAAGUACUAGAAUUAUAAAUAACGCUCUACUUACAACCAAACUUAUAACCAUUUCAACAUUAUCUGGAAUAUAUAGUCCAUAGAUAAAACUCAUCCAGUUCAGAAAAUCAAGUUUUUAUUUUAAAGAUGUUUUAACCUUCGAAUAUUUUUUUCUAUUACGUGACGUAACUUUGUGACAUAUAAUGUUCUUCUAUUUG